AUUUCCAUGCUAGAGGUCCCCACCGAGCUGCGGAGCGAGGAUCUGCCUGGCUGAGCCGGGCCCUCUUCCUUCCUUUGUGCAUCCCCCAGCCCUGUGCAAGCCGUGCCCCCCCGCCCCGGCCGCCACGUCCCCGCUGCAUCCCCCGCUCCGGAGCCCCCCCCGGCCCUGGAGGCAGGAGGAAGCCGCCCCCCAGGGCACGCAGAGCCGGGGCAGCGACCAGGCACCGGCUGCCACGUCGUGCCAUCCCCUCUUCCCGGCCCGGCCGGGGCACCGAGGCCGCAUCCCCGCCCGCAUCCUUCCCUGCAUCCCUGCCUGCAUCCCCGCAUCCCUCCCGCUCCGCUGUUCGGCGGCGGCGGGAGCCCCUUCGGCGGAUGCUGCGCGUCUCUCCGGGCCGCUGGUGCUAAAUGCUGAGCGCCGACAGGAUGGAGGAGUUUCAGAGCGAGGAAGAGGAGCCCUGGUAUGACCAGCAGGACCUGGAGCAGGACCUGCACUUGGCCGCAGAGCUGGGGAAGACGCUGCUGGAGCGCAACAAGGAGCUGGAGGACUCCCUGCAGCAGAUGUACACCACCAACGAGGAGCAAGUGCAGGAGAUCGAGUACCUGACUAAGCAACUGGAGAUGUUGCGGCAGAUGAACGAGCAGCACGCGAAAGUCUACGAGCAGCUGGACCUGACAGCACGGGACCUGGAGCUGGCUAACCAGAAACUCGUGCUGGAAAGCAAGACCUCCCAGCAGAAGAUCCAGUGCUUGACAGAAACAAUCGAGGGGCUGCAGAACCAAGUGGAGGAGCUGCAGAAGCAGGUGGAGGAAAUGCGGAGCUUGGAGCAGCUCCGCAUCCGGCGGGAGAAGAGGGAGCGGCGCCGAACCAUCCACACCUUCCCCUGCCUUAAGGAGCUCUGCUCCAGCCCCAGGUAUGAGGACGCAUUCCAGGUCCACAGCUCUUCCACAGAGUUCAACCAGAAGCCACUGGAGAGGGAGAACGAGCGUCUCCAAGCCAUGGUGAACUCCCUGAGGUCCCAGGUCAACCAGGAGAAGCAGCGGAAGGAGAGGGUGGAGCGGGAGUACACCUCCGUUAUUCAGGAGUACUCGGACCUGGAGCAGCGGGUGUGCGAGAUGGAGAACUGCAAACUGCGCAUCAAGGAGCUGGAGGCAGAGCUCUUGGAGCUGCAGCAGAUGAAACAAGUCAAGAAGUAUUUGCUCAGCAGAGAGGACAACUUGUCCGAAGCCCUGCUGGAGCCGCUGAACAACGCCCCGGAGGCAGAUUACAUCGACCUCUCCGAGGAGGAGGGAGGGAAAAGCCACGGCACGUCCAUGACACCGUCCCCGAACCACCCCGUCCGGAAGAGCUGCAGCGACACGGCCCUGAACGCCAUCGUGACCAAGGACGCCGUGAGCCGGCACGAGGGCAACUACACCCUGCACGCCAACAACGUGCGCAAGAGGGGCAUGUCCAUCCUGCGGGAGGUGGACGAGCAGUACCACGCCCUGCUCGAGAAGUACGAGGAGCUCCUGAGCAAGUGCCGGCAGCACAAGGACAGCGUGCGCCACGCGGGCGUCCAGACCUCCCGGCCCAUCUCCCGCGACAGCUCCUUCAGGGACUUCCGAGGGGAGGCACACGAGCUGGAGGAGCGGAAAACCAUGGAGAAGACCAUCAGCAAGCACGUGGAGGCCGUGGACAAGCGGCUGGAGCAGAGCCAGCCGGAAUACAAGGCUCUCUUCAAGGAGAUCUUCUCCCGCAUCCAGAAGACGAAAGCAGACAUCAACGCCACCAAGGUGAAAAACAAGAGCAGCAAAUGAGCCCCCGGCUCUCCGCAACUCUCCCACGUGCAAUUGCAGCAGCCACGUCCUCUCUUCAGCCCCAGGAAACGCCACGUGGCCCCUCUGCUUUGAAGGUUCGAGAGGUCUGAGAGCGAGGAAACGUCCCGGAGACUCAACUCACUUUUUUUUUUUUUAAGUUUGGGCUCUGGACAACUCGUUGGGACACUUGUACAUUGUAGUUAGAGGAUUUCAGAAAUCAUAUGAUGGAUCUCUGCAUGAGUUACUGCCGCUGCCAGACAUCACAAGAGCAAGGUAAACCACGAAAAAAAGGAAAACCGGUCACCUCCUCCACCCCUUUCCAGCUUGUCCCGCAGCCCGAUUAUCUGCAAGCAAAAGCCUGGAUGUCCUCCAGCGUCCUGCCACAGCUGGAUCACAGCAUUUCAAAGUGAAACAAAAAGCCAUCAGAACUUUAGGGGCUGCCCCAGCACGGCAGCCCAGCCCUCCACUGUGGUUUUAUGGCUGAGAACCUACGCUUGAACCCAAGAGAUUUCAGUCUCUGCCUUCUCCUCCCCCAAAAGGCAGUGUGGUCUUGCAAUUUAAGCCAUUCUCUAAUCAGUCAGGUUUUUCAGCUCUUUACAAUGCAAGCUCAUUGCAACUGGAAAAACUUGAAGAGAAACAUAGAACUGAUUGUUCCAUCUCCAUUGGCGUCGCUCAGCGUUUCAGUCCAUACUCUCCAGACCUUGUAGCAUAUGGGACCUCCUCGCUUUAAAUCUGCCCUGGUAUUCCAGCCCAGGUGAAGCACCAUGCCUGGUAAGAACUCGAGUGACCAGGGCUUUCCCAUAGCUGGUGUGUCAGAGACACGCUUCCACCUCACGCUCUGGGUACCAGCCCGUGCUCUUCAGGAGGUUGUCAUUGUCCCAUCGUAGCCAAUUCCUCGAACACAGCUUGCAUGGGCUUGCAAAGCUGACUCCCAGGGACUCACACACAAGCUGGAGGACACAGCACCUCCCUGGUCAGGAGCUCUGGCCCUGGCAGAUCACACACCACCCCACACUUUGCUCUGAGCAUCUCCCCAGCCAUGAGGACAGAUUUCAGUUUCCUGCUGAAAAUGAUCUCCCUUGGCUGAGACACUCUCCAAACGCUGUGGCCUCUCGUGUUCCAUCUCCCUUUCCAGCACUGAAAUCUCCUCACUUUUGCUUCCACAGACAUGCAAACACACAGCCAAAAGGCCACUGCAGUCUCAGGAAAUCACCAGUUUCCAGUCUUCACGAACUAGAUGUUGACCUCAUACGGUCAGACACGUGUUUUAGGCAGAGAAGCAGCAUUUCAUUACAGCUUAGGCGACACCCUGAGCACUGAGCCACAAAAACAGUUCGGUGUAACCUCCCUGUCCCGUACCCGCCUGGAGAAAACUAUCAGCUGCAUCUGGAUUCUAUUUUCACCAGCUUAAAUCCCAAAGUCUUGGGCCAACAGCUGGGACUCCUGCAACAUUGAGAUAAACAAAUGAGAAUGUGGCUUUGGAGGGGGAAGACUGCUGAGAUGUAAUUAUCCCCCACGUCCAGGGCCUUGAUGUUACGAGGAGCAACUUUUCUUCCAAUCCCCAUGGAAUUCAUGCAGAAAUACCCCCCAAAACCCCCCUGUUUUGUUAAGCUGAGUACCACAGAGGUAAGUUGGCGGGAGUGUGAUGCCCAAAUCACCCCUGCUCCGCAGGUCUCCUCAAAACCACCCACCACUCUGCUCUCCCACGCUCUGCAUUUGCAGGUGCCCCACGGCCCCUGACACAGCCCGAGCCGUGGGCACGACUGUGGCUACCAGCUCUGUAACUGUAUGGAGAACCUUCAUGCCUUAUUUAUUUAUAAUGGAAAGCAGUUGUCUAAAAUAAAAUAAAUUAAAUAAAAACAACAAUAAAAGCAGAA